AUGGCGGCGGUGCAGCAAUUGGAGCCGAUGCCGUCGCUGGCACGGCCACAGAGCCUAAACGGCAAUCCCUUCACCAGCGACGUUGAUAUGGAGCGCUCAUCGCCACCGAUCCAGCAAGGCCUGCCGUUGUGUAGCGAACCGGAACGAGGAGACACCCGGAUUGCCGUCAUCAUUUACGGCAUUGGGCAGGAGAAGAUUGUUGCUGUCUUUGCCGAGGUUUUGGGGAAACCGUCCAGGACGAAGAACCGCUUUGAGGAUGUUACCCAACACGAUCAGGACUGGGUCAUCGGAAUCCCGGCCGAGAACGCAAAGGACGACAUUGCGACGCGUGAUAGAGGACUAAUCGUUGCCAUUAACGCUCAUUGCACCGGUCUGGGCAUGCCCCCAGACAUCUAUCUUUCAGCUCAGUGCGAUUACGAGUUUCUGUACACCGAGACCCCUUUCUUCCGUCGGGACCUUGCUCGCUUCACCUCGCAUAUCCUAGGCCAGCUAUGCCAUCACAAGGCGCUCAUGGCAAAGCCGAGGACCUUCAUCAUAUCGACCACCUUUCCGGACGUGCAUGCUGCCCUACCGAACAUCGAUAUCUUGACCGUCGGCGCAGAUGCCAUCGAAAUUCGAGUCGAUCUUUUAAAGGAGCCCCUGGGGAACGGUACCUUUUCCGAUAUUCCUAGUCUUAGUUACGUUGGCGAGCAAGUCAUGCUGCUCCGUCAAAGAACCGAGCUGCCUAUCAUCCUCACAACAAGGUGUACUAACGAAAACGGCCGGUUCCCCAUGGAUAAUCCUGGCCUGUACUACGACUACCUCUAUCGAGCACUUCAAUGGGGUGUCGAGUACAUCGAUGUUGAGCUUUGGCUUCCCGAGAGCAUCAGGAAGAAAUUGUAUGAACAAAGAGGAAAUAGCCGCAUCAUGUCCGCCUUCCACGACUUCUCGGGAAACUUCAAAUGGACGUCGGAUCGGGCUGAGUCCAUAUUUCUGGAAUCACAACGCUAUGCAGACUGUGUGAAAAUGAUCGCUAUCAUCCACGACCCUAACGAAAACUUCGAGCUCGAGUACUUCCGGUCCAAGAUCAAAGCAAAAUACCCCGACUCGGUACCCAUGUCUGCUGUCAACAUGGGCGAAACGGGCCCAGUUCUCUCGGACGCUCAACAAAUUCUUCACACCCAUCACGCAUCCUCUCCUGCCCAUCAUCGCAGCUCCUGGGCAAAUGAGCGCGGCCGAGAUUAA